UCAGCAGUAAAAAAGGUGACUAUGCUGGGGGGCCAGGAGUGGAGAUCCCCCUCGACAUUUGUGGCCAUCGCAGCAAUUGAGACAGUUGAGUUUGCUAAGUGAACCAGUGAGGAAGGCAGAAGAAGUAAAGAAUAGAAGAAAAUGUUGUCUCUCCGUGUGUGCAGUGUCCUUCGCCUUGGGGAUAGCAUGGCCUUGAGGCACAUGUCCAGUGGAGCUGGCAGGCGUGUAGGAUUCAUCGGUCUGGGCAAUAUGGGUGGUCAUAUGGCUAGCAAUCUUAUCAAGAAGGGCCACAAACUCAACGUGUACGACAUCUCAGCUCCUGCAUGCUCAGCCCUCAAGGAUAAGGGUGCAACAGUUUGCAAGAGCUAUCAGGAUGUGGCAAAGUCAUCGGAAUUCGUUGUUACCAUGCUACCAAAUAAUGACAUAGUCUCCGAGACGUACAAAGAAAUGGUGUCUGAUGGCGUAAAUUCCGAGACAAUUUUCAUUGAUUCCAGUACAAUUGAUCCCAAUGUGUCUCAGGCUGUGCAGAAGUUGGUCAAGAGCAAAGGGGCCACCUUUGUGGAUGCUCCCGUAUCUGGGGGUGUUCCCGGUGCUGCAGCAGCAACACUAACAUUCAUGGUUGGUGGUACUGAGGCUGAGUACAAAGCAGUGAAGGAUCUCCUCGAGGGGAUGGGCAAGAAGAUCACCCAUUGCGGUGGCUACGGCAUGGGGCAGGCGGCGAAGAUUUGCAACAACAUGAUGUUGGGCAUCUCCAUGGUGGGACUUUCGGAAGUGAUGAAUCUCGCCAUUCGCUUGGGGUUGGAUCCCAAGACCUUCGGUGACAUUGUCAAUUCAUCCACGGGCAGAUGCUGGGCAUCGGAAGUCAAUAGCCCCGUUCCCGGGCUUGUACCCACUGCCCCGGCAAACUUCGGGUACGCCGGUGGUUUUGCCACGAACCUCAUGACGAAGGAUCUGGGACUGGCAAGUGGUGUAGCCACAUCAUCCAACACCCCAAUCCCCCUUGGAGCCCUCGCGCAUCAAGUCUAUCGCAUGGUGAUGGCACACGGACAGGGUGACAAGGACUUUUCCGUUGUAUACGACUUCCUUAAGAAUCAGGAGAAGAAAUGAGCGCCACCCCCCCUCUCUCCCAACCAGCUGCAAUAAAGGACCCACUCGAAACAAAGAAAGCUUUAAAGCUAUGCAUUUAACAGAACUAAUGUUUAUUUCAAGAUGAAAUUGUAUCCAAUUUAUCCUUACAGAGUGAUAAAAAAUAAAAAUGAAUUUAUAUUAAA